AUGGCUCCUACGAAGUCCAUGAUAAAUCUGGAUUCUUCGAAGUUGCAAAUGAUCGGCGAGGACUUUUGCGGUCUGGACGUGAACACACCCCUCGGAGGCGAGGAUCCGAUGGAGGGAACACCGGUGCUCACGUUCGACACACAUCUGACAGCGGUUGUAGCCACUUCGACCGGCGACUAUACGGUCGUCUUCGUGGGCACGAACACGGGUCACCUGAAGAAGGUGGUGGUGGAGAGUUCGACCCUGGCCCUGGAAUACGGCGAUCUGCUGAUAGACCCGGACUGCCCGAUUAAUCCAGAUCUGUUGUUCGACGCGCAGCUCAUGCACUUGUACGUGAUGACGAACAAGACCGUGUCGAAGGUCAAAGUGCAAGAGUGUUCGGUGUACAAGACUUGUCUGGACUGUCUGGGCGCGAAGGACCCGUACUGCGGAUGGUGCUCGGUGGAGAACAAAUGCAACCUGCGCAGCGAUUGCCAGGACGCGGCCAAGGACCCGCUCUAUUGGAUAUCGUACAAGAGCGGCAGAUGCACGACGAUCACUACGGUCACACCGGAUCAGCUGCAACGCACGACGGCGAGAACGUUGGAGUUGGUCAUCGAGAAUCUGCCGACCCUCUCCGGACAGUUCCUAUGCGCGUUCUCCACCUUAGACAAGACCUUGAUUACGAACGCCUCGCGGAAAUCGUUCGGCGUGAACUGCACAACGCCGAGGACUGAUCUACUGCCGUCUAUCCCGCCGGGACAGCACCAUUUCACGGCGAAGCUGUCAGUCAGAAUGACGAACGGUCCCGACCUAGUCGACACGAAUUUCACGUUCUUCGAUUGCAACACGUACAGCUCGUGCACGAAAUGCGUAUCGUCGAGCUUCCCCUGCGAUUGGUGCGUCGACGGGCACAGGUGCACCCACGACACGGCUGAGAACUGUCGCAACGAUAUAUUGGUCACGGGUGUUAGCAGGACCGGCCCGAGUUACAGGAGCGGUCCAGGUUUCUGUCCCACGCUGAACGCGACCGAUUCCCCGGAGAUCCUCGUGUCUUCCGGAGUGAAGAAGGUGAUACGAGUUAAAGUGCACAUCAUCGGGCAAUUCAUCGUGCAGACCAGGUUCGUCUGUCAGUUCAACAUCGAGGGUCGUGUGACGAGCGUGAACGCACGCUUGUUGGCAGACACGAUUUACUGCGAGGAGACCGAGUUCUCGUACACGUCUCGUAUGCCGAAUAUCACCGUGCCAUUCGCGGUGAUCUGGGGCGGCUCGAAGCCACUCGACAAUCCGCAGAACGUGCACCUGGUGAUAUACCGGUGCCGCGACAUGGCCGACAACUGCGGUAUGUGCCUGACCUUGGCGCCUAAAUACGACUGCGGAUGGUGCCAGAGCACGGACAGAUGCGAGGUGAAGGACAACUGCGAGCCCGAUCCUGGCAUGUGGUUAAACAGCAACAAGACCUGCCCGAACCCUGAGAUCCAUUCGUUCCACCCGGUAAUGGGGCCUUGGGAAGGUCACACUAACGUCACGAUACUAGGGAUCAAUUUGGGACAGACGUUCAGCGACAUCUUCCACGGCGUAAUGGUCGGCGGACUGCCCUGUCAACCGUACGAGGAGCUCUACAUCCGCACGAAGCAGAUAGUCUGCAACGUGGACGGGCCGGGCACGUCCGUAACGAAACGCGGACCGGUGAUCGUACAGAUCGAAGACUUCAGGGGCCAGUCCGAGCAUAACUUCGAGUUCGUCGAUCCUCAGAUUUUAAACAUAUCGCCAAAGUACGGCCCGAUGAGCGGCGGUACCACCGUCAGGAUCACCGGUAAAUACAUGAACGCUGGUAGCACCAUCAAGGCUUUCAUCGACGAGCUACCGUGCUCGAUAAUCAGCGCCCAAGUGGAUGAAGCUUUCUGCAUGACUAGUGCCAGCAAUCGUACGAGGAACGGCACCGUGAAAAUGACGUUCGACGGAGCGCUUCGGAUGUACAACGGACAUUUCGAGUACGCCGACGAUCCUACGAUAUUGAGCGUGGAGAGCGGCGUAGCUAGUCAAAUGAAGGUUCCCAAGGGCAUUCCAGCCGGUGGUAUAAAGAUCUCUGUAACCGGGAAGAAUCUGGGGUACAUCCAAAGCCCGCAGAUGUACGUGUACCAUGACGAGAAGAUGUUCGUGUCGCAGUGCGAGGUGCACAGCCAGGAAAGCAUGAUUUGUAGAUCGCCGACGAUCGAAGUUCCGGAUUACACGUUAGACGCGGAGAAACCAUUGAUCUUGGAAUACGGCUUCCGGAUGGACAACGUAACGGGCGUGCAGAAUCUCUCACAACACGGAUUCAAUCAUUUCCUGCUCUACCCUAAUCCAAUCUAUGAGGUGUUCGACGAGGAGAUUAAGUAUUACAAAAGUGAUUACCUAACCAUCAACGGCCAGCAUCUCGAUCGCGCUUGCCAGGAAUCAGACGUGACUGUGAAGAUAGGAACUGCGUUCUGUAACGUCACGUCGCUCUCCAGGCAGCAGCUUACCUGCAGACCGCCGCUGACCCAACCGCCGGCCAUCGAUUCCGAUGGCUUCCCGAAUAAACAGGAACUACCAGAGGUGAUCGUAGUCGUAGGUGGCACUCUUUGUUAUAACAUAGGAAAACUCAGCUACGCACUGCCAGCUGGUCUCAAUGGACCAUUGUCGAAACCAGCGCUGAUCGGAGUGAUCGCCGCUAUAGUGAUCUUAGUGGUUGUGUUCAUCGCGUUUCUGAUUGCGUACCGGCGCAAGUCGACGGAGAGCAACCGAGUACUGAAGAACAUGCAGGAGCAAAUGGAUAUUCUGGAACUUCGCGUAGCUGCCGAAUGCAAGGAGGCUUUCGCCGAAUUGCAGACCGAGAUGACGGACCUCACCGGCGACCUCACCAGCGGUGGCAUACCUUUCUUGGAUUAUCGAACUUACGCGAUGAUGAUACUGUUCCCAAGCGACGAUAACAGCCCGGUAUUGCAAUGGGAUCGGCCGGAAUUGGUUCGUAAAGAGAAAGGACUGCGUUUGUUCGGGCAACUGAUAAUGAACAAGACGUUCCUGCUGCUGUUCGUGAGGACCCUCGAGAGCAAUCGGUAUUUCUCGAUGAGGGACAGAGUAAACGUGGCCAGUCUGAUCAUGGUCACGCUUCAAAGUAAAAUGGAAUACUGCACGGAUAUUCUGAAAACCCUUUUGGCGGAACUGAUAGAGAAAUGUACGGAAGGGAAGAGUCAUCCGAAAUUGUUCCUUAGAAGAACGGAAAGCGUUGCUGAGAAGAUGUUGUCAGCCUGGUUCACUUUCCUUUUGUACAAAUUUAUGCGAGAAUGCGCCGGGGAGCCGUUGUACGUGCUGUUCCGCGCGGUGAAACAACAAAUCGAUAAAGGUCCCGUGGAUGCCAUUACUUCCGAGGCGCGAUACUCAUUGUCCGAGGAGAAACUGAUUAGACAGUCGAUUGACUUCAAACCAAUGACGGUCUACGUGUCGAUAUCUCAACAAACGGUUUUCGUCGGCGGUAUGGAUCCGAACACAGAGAACGUUCCGGUAAAGGUUCUUGACUGCGACACGAUAUCUCAAGUAAAGGAGAAGGCGCUGGAUACCAUUUACAGGGCCACCCCUUACAGUCAAAGACCCAGGAAGGACGACCUUGAUCUCGAAUGGCGAACCGGAGCAUCCGGCAGGCUGAUCCUCUACGACGAGGAUUCGACGACGAAAACGGAAGGCGAAUGGAAGAAGCGGAACACGCUGAACCAUUACAGGGUACCGGACGGCGCAUCGCUCAAUUUAGUCUCGAAGCAAUCAUCUAUUUACAACCUGUCGAUCCUCUCCGAGAAAACUGACAAGUCGCAUAAAUACGAAACGCUGAAUCUCAGCAAAUUUAGUUCGGCCAGUCCCCCGCUCUCCCGUGCCACGUCGCCGUUAAAUCAGAACCACGACGGCGGUUUGAAGUGUUGGCAUCUGGUGAAGCACCACGAUUCCGAUGUGCGGAAAGAAGGAGACCGUGGCAACAAAAUGGUCUCGGAGAUCUACCUGACGAGGCUACUAGCCACGAAGGGUACGCUCCAGAAAUUCGUGGACGAUCUGUUCGAAACGAUCUUUAGCACUGCCCAUCGGGGAUCCGCUCUCCCCCUCGCGAUUAAGUACAUGUUCGACUUCAUGGACGACCAAGCGCUGCAACACGGCAUAUCUGAUCCUGAAGUGGUUCACACAUGGAAGAGCAACUCGCUUCCGCUCAGGUUUUGGGUGAACCUCAUCAAGAACCCGAAUUUCAUUUUCGACGUGCACAAAUCGAAUAUCGUCGACUCGUGCCUGUCCGUCGUCGCGCAAACAUUUAUGGACAGCUGUUCCACUUCGGAUCAUAGAUUAGGUAAGGACUCGCCGAGUUCUAAACUACUUUACGCAAAAGACAUUCCAGUGUACAAAGAGUGGGUAGCACGUUACUACGCAGAUAUCAAAGCAAUGCAAGCCAUAUCCGAUCAAGACAUGAACACUAUGCUCGCUGAAGAGUCCAGGUUGCACACGACGGAGUUCAACACGAAUUGUGCCCUGUACGAACUUUAUACAUACGCGGGUAAAUACAACGAACAGCUAAUAGUUACCCUGGAAGAGGACGAGUUCUCGCAGAAGCAGAGAUUGGCGUACAAGCUUGAACAGGUGCACAAUAUAAUGGCGGUGGACAACCCCUGAUGUACCAUGAACUCUAUGAAGCAUAUGACAAAGCCCGCCCGUCAAGAGUUACCCUGCUGAAUACUCAUCCGCAGUUAGGUACUCUUUCAAGGAAGCGCUAAGAGGACUGGCCUAUCUCGUAAUCGAUCGUCUCAGGUUUCCGUGCAAGCCAGUUAUCUCAGUUUAGUACGCGAAUUAUCGGAAGAGAUUGCACAACGGACCGUUAAUUGAGAAGGAAAUGAAAAACGUACGAGCGGAGGAAGGUUUCGAAUAAAGUCUCACGAGGACUAAAAGUGUUUCGGGGACGAAGUCUUCUGAAUUGUCAGUCGCUGACCGGCAGGUGUGGCAAUAAUCACGCAGCGCGUCUACGCGUCAUUGUACAUAAGAUACCAAAAUCAUGAUUAAUUGUAAUAGAACUAUCGUUGUGCGCCCACACCGCCCGGCGACCGUUGCCAUGCAAAAGAGAUGAACACGAAAACUGAUAAUACUUCGCCGUGUGUACGUGUGUGCGUGUGCGUGUGCGUGUGUCUGUGUGUAUUUUGAAGUCGCCGUCGUCGUCGGUGGUUCACGCGCCGCGCACGUGGCGAAUAGAAUUUUAAAUCGAACGAAAAGAUGAAUAGGACGUUAGUGUUAUAAGUGAGUGAACGAAUCAGCCGGUCCGGACCCGAUUAAAUUGUAAAUGUGUUUAAGUACGGUCGAUAUUUUACGCCGCGCUCUAUAUCGGGGGAUCGGCGAUUUUUAACGAAGAAACAUUUCCAUCCACCGCUAAUAGCUGAAAUUUUUUUUAAUUACGAACUGACGAAUUUUAAUAAAUAAGAUUAAUUAAUGAUUAACGAUGAUUAAUUAAA